AUUUACUACUUCUCUGCACUAUUUUCCUAUACUCUUCGUUCGCGAAGACAUAUUCACUCCUCGCAUCGAUCUCAGCGCAAAACUACAUUAAAAAACUUAUCGAAAAGUGUCCUUAAUCAGUUAGAGGAAAUGAUUCCUGUGUUAAGAAAAAUCAGUGCACUUUCGACUCGACACACUAGUACCGUUCAACAGCGAACGAAAAGAGGUCAGCGAACCCUGCUUGCAAAGGCCGUUAGCGGAAAUAAAAAAUAUUUUUAUGUGUUGGGACGAUCCAGUAGUACCUUUGCAACGGCCGAUUGUACACCAACACUGGAUAUUCCACCAGUGCUCAAAAUAAAGGCGGAUACCCAAAGUUAUUUAGCAACAUAUAAAGAUGUUUUAAACGAUCUCACCACAAUAUCAAAGCAUUACGAUGGCCAUGUGCCGACUGAACUAUGUACAAAGCUCCUGGAAUACAAUAUGCCAGCUGACGGUCGGGUUUACGGAAUUAUAACGGUAUUAACCUACAAAAGCCUCAUCCAAAGGGAGCAGUUAACGGCGCAAAACCUAAAAAUGGCGGAAAAUCUCGGUUGGUGUAUUGAAAUGCUACAUUCAACCAUCAAACUCGCUGAAGAGGUAGAAUACCAAAGUACUACGCGUCCCGGUCGACAGAGCUGGAAUAAAAUACAGGGUAAUGGUGGAGGGACCAUUAACAAUAUACUUAUGCUAGAGAGUGGAAUAUUUGAGCUCUUGCGCAAGCAUUUCUCGCAUCUCGACAACUACGUUGACCUGCUAGAGUUGUUUCAGAGUGCCAUAUUUAAAGCGACUGUCGGUCAAUCUAUGAAUCUACUUCAUACCAAGCAGAGUGUUGACACCUUCAAUGCCACAUUGUAUAAUACAAUUGUGAGUGAUAAAAUCAACAGUCAUUUGCUAUAUUUACCUGUUGCAUCGGCUCUGCAUUUAGCUGGCGUGAAAAAUCCAAAAACUUUUGAUCAAAGCAAAAAUUUACUGCUAAAAAUUUCAACUCUGUGUCAAGCUCACAACGAUUACCUCAAUUGUUUCGGCGAUCCUGAUGAGACUGGUGAAAUUGGUAGUGACAUCAAAAAUAAUUUAUGCACUUGGUUUGCGGUGAAAUGUUUGGAGCUUGCCAACCCCGAGCAAAAAGCUAUUAUGCUUGAAUGCUAUGGAAAAGAGGAUCCCGAGAAAGUUGCCAGAGUAAGACAGCUGUACGACGAUAUGGAUCUUCUUAAAAAGUUCGCCAUGUACGAGAAUCAAGCCUAUAAUGAGGUUAUAGAUCUCAUAGGCCAAACAUCAAACGAAAUACCGCACGAUGUGUUCUACACAAUACUAGAACACUGUUAUAAAAAGGCCUUCAACACAGUGGACAGCCACUGGGGCACAGAGUCUGGAGAUUGGAAACUGCCAGAAAAAGAAAUUCAUGAUUAUAUGAAUCUUUAUCCAGAGGUCAUUCGCGAACUCGGCGAGGCAGCUGAACAGUACAAAAGCACAGAGGCAGCUGAAUGGUACAAAAAGGCGCUGGAGUACACUAUGUCUGUAGGCAGUACGAGAAAUGGUCUAAUGGUCGUUUCAGUUUACAAAGACUCCGUCAAAGACGUUCAACUCACCGAGGAAAAUUUGAGAUUGGCAUAUUUACUUGGGUGGUGUCUAGAAUUGCUACAUUUAGUGAUCAUUAUUAACGAUGACCUGAUCGAUAACAGCUACCAACGUCGCGGCCAACUGUGUUGGUUCAGAGUGGAUGGGGUUGGAAUGAAUGCCAUUAAUGAUGUUUUUAUGAUUGAGAACGGAAUUUUCAUAUUGCUCAAAAAACAUUUCCGCCAUUUGGAUUGUUAUAAGGACCUUGUUGAAUUAUUUCAUGAAAACAUCUUUAAUUGCAUGUGUGGACAGAAUAUGGAUAUGAUACUUACAUCAAAACACGUAAGCACCUUCAAUAUGGAAAGCUACGAAACGCUUGUUAUGAAUAAAAGUGCCAACACCUUCUUUCAUUUACCAGUAAGUCUGGGCCUAAAAUUGGCGGGGGUAAAGGAUAAGAAGGUAUUUGAUGAAUGUAAGGCUAUUUCACAAGAGAUUGGUUGCUAUUAUCAACCAAAAAACGAUUUCCUCGAUUGUUUUGCUGACUCUGCUGUCACUGGUAAGGAGAGCUUUGACAUACAGACCAACAAAUAUUCAUGGCUAGCGGUAAAGUGCAUGCAAUUGGCUGACCCACAGCAGAAGGCGAUAAUGGAAGAGUGUUAUGGGAAAAAUGAUCCCCAGAAGGUUGCGCGUGUUAAAAAACUUUACGAAGAAUUGAAUUUACCUAGCAUCUACAACAAAUAUGAAGAAGAAAUGGUAAGAAAAAUUAAGAAGCACAUUCAACAGGCUCCAGAUGGGGUCCCACGUUUAGCUCUCUUGGAAAUUUUAAAGAAAAAUUGUAACGUUGAUUUUAUAUAAGAUUAAUAAAAUAAUAAAUAUUAGUGGUCUUUAAGUGCCCUUGACACAAAGUAA